CCUCGUCUGCACACAGGCGUGGUUUUUAGCGCAGGUGGCUUUUUGUGCUUUUGCGGACAUCAGCUCUUCUCAUUUUGCGCCAAAAUGCCCAAGUGCCCGAAAUGCGGCAAGGAGGUCUACUUCGCCGAGAAGGUGACAUCUCUUGGGAAGGACUGGCAUCGACCCUGUCUGAAGUGUGAGAAGUGUGGAAAGACCCUGUCCUCAGGGUCACAUGCAGAGCACGAGGGCAAACCGUACUGUCAUAAACCCUGCUACGCCGCCAUGUUUGGACCAAAAGGAUUUGGUCGCGGUGGAACUGAGAGCCACACUUAUAAAUAAACCCAGGCUGAACUCGUGUCAAAAACUGCACCAAAGUCAAUGGAAGUGGUCGUAACGUCACCAGUUUAAUUUUUAAUGCCUUAUUUUGACAUGGACUGUAUCAAUAAACACUU